AUGCCCAUCCCCGUACCCAAAGCCAACCGCCUCCUCGACCUUCUUAGCCUCAAGGGCAAGGUUGUUGUUGUAACCGGAGCCUCCGGUCCUCGAGGCAUGGGCAUCGAAGCCGCCCGCGGCUGUGCCGAGAUGGGCGCUGAUUUGGCUAUCACAUACGCUUCCCGCCGUGAGGGUGCUGAGAAAAACGCCAAGGAACUCGCAGAAGAAUACGGCGUGAAGGUCAAGCCCUACAAGUGCGACGUAGGCAACUGGGAAAGCGUGGACACUCUCGUAAAAGAGGUGAUCAAAGACUUUGGGAAGAUCGACGCCUUCAUUGCCAACGCUGGACGGACUGCCGACAGCGGCAUUCUUGACGGAUCUGUCGAGGACUGGAACGAAGUCAUCAACACCGAUUUGACCGGCACUUUCCACUGUGCCAAGGCUGUUGGUGCUCACUUCAAGGAGCGCGGAACUGGCAGCUUCGUUAUUACAUCAUCCAUGUCAGGCCACAUAGCCAACUUCCCCCAGGAACAAACGUCUUACAACGUCGCCAAGGCUGGCACGAUUCACCUUGCCCGGUCGCUGGCUAAUGAAUGGCGAGACUUUGCCCGCGUGAACAGCAUCUCGCCCGGUUACAUUGACACCGGGUUGUCUGAUUUCGUCGCUAAGGAUGUUCAGGAUCUUUGGAACUCUAUGAUCCCGAUGGGUCGCAAUGGUGAUGCGAAGGAACUUAAGGGUGCCUAUGUUUACCUGGUCAGCGAUGCCAGCACUUACAUGACGGGCAACGAUUUGCUCAUUGACGGUGGUUACACCGUGCGGUAA